AUGAGUAAACCGACCUCCUCAUUAUUGCGGCACGCUACCGACCUCCGCGUGGUCAACUUCGUUCUCUUCUUGAUAUGGUUGAUUGCGAUCCGGUAUUGCCAAGUAACUACAUACUACGACCCAUCAUCGUACUUCUUUCGCUCCGAUGCCGCCUACGAACCAUUCUACUCUGCUAUUAGAGAGCAGGAAGCGGACGACUACCUCGACUCACGACACUCACACCACAACCGAUUAACAAAAGGGGCAAGAGCAAACAUUCGACAGGCCGCCCCAUCUUAUUGUAUCGGAAUCCCAACCCUCCAGAGAGAAAGGGCGCAAUUCUUCCCGAGGACAGCGGCAUCCCUCGUCGAUACCUUGACGCCCGAACAGCGAGAACUCAUCCACAUUAUCGUCCUCUUGUCCGAUACCGAUGCGACUGAGAACUCAGCUUUUGGCCAGGACUGGCUCCAUGCCAUUGCCGAUACAGUCAUAGUCCACGAGGACACGCCGGAAGAUCUGGUGUCUGAGAAUGGCUAUCAGACGAUUCCACGACAUUUCGAAGUCGCGGCCAGGGACGAGCGAGUGAGACGCGACUAUGCAGUCCUUUCCGAGACGUGUCGUCUAAACGAGGCAGACUACUUCAUUCUCGUUGAAGACGAUGUCAUAGCCGCGAGGGAUUGGUUCGAGCGACUCCAGGCGGCCACACCCGUGGUGAACGAGCGGGCGGUUGCCAAACGCCAGGACUGGCUUUACAUUCGGCUCUUCUACACGGAGACUUACAUGGGAUGGAACUCUGAAGAAUGGGGAACAUACUCGCGGAAUAUUGCCCUCAUAUACAUGGCCGUGCUGGGCGUGAUGCUCGCAGUCCGCCAUCUUCACCAGAAGACAUCGGCUUCUCUCAAGGAACGUACAUCCAAACACUCGAAACUCUUGAUGGCGAAUAUCCUGAUGAUUUGGGUGCCACUUUUUAUUGCACUCGGAUUCAUGGCUGGCCGGUUGACAGUCAGUCCAUUGCCAACCGGCGUGUUGGAGAUGCCGCGAUACGGCUGUUGCAGCCAGGGCUUGGUGAUACCAAAUCGGCAUCUGACUUUGUUGAAAGAUAGGUUUCUUGAUUCUCCGUUUGACCUGCCCGCCGACUCGACCAUCGAAAAGACGGCGGAUGAUCUUGAUUUGGGCAAGUGGGCGGUUGUGCCUAGCGUUUUGCAACAUAUCGGAGCGAGGGGGUCGUCGGCGAAAGGCGGUGCCAUCAAGUCAACGUGGAAUUUCAGUUUUGAAAGAUUUUACUCAGCUUAAG